AUGAGAUUACAAAUAUUAUUAAUAUACUUAAUAUGUAUAAUAGUAUCAAGUAUAGUUUUAGUAGAGUCAAGUAAUAAACAUCAUUUCAAAGAAAAUGAUGAAGUACCAUUCUAUGUAAAUAAUGUUGGACCAUAUUCAAAUCCAACAGAAACCUAUGAAUUUUAUACAUUGCCAUUUUGUAAACCCUCAAGUAUCUCUUAUAAAAAAACCAAAUUAGGUGAAAUUCUUCAAGGUGAUUCAGCUGUUUUAUCAGAUUAUCAAUUUCCAUUCAAAAGUAGUUUUGAAAAUAAACAACUUUGUGAAUAUACAUUAAAGAAAGAGGAUAUAGAAAAGUUUAAAAAAGCUAUUGGCGAAUAUUAUUAUGCAGAGAUGAUUUAUGAUGAUUUACCAAUUUUUAGUUUUGUCGGUACUGUUGAUGAUUCAGAUCUAACAAAUAUUAGAUAUUACUUAUAUAAUCAUAUUCCAUUUGAAUUUGAUUAUAAUGGUGAUCAAGUUAUUAGAGUUAAUAUCGAUACAGAACAUAUUAAAGUUAUUGAACUCUCAGAUCAAGACGAAAUUACUCUCAAAUUAACGUAUUCAGCAAAAUGGCAACCAACCGAACAUGAAUUUUCAAAGAGAAUGGACUUGUACGAAGAAUUUUUCACAAAGGAAUUAGAGAUUCAUUGGUUAUCCGUUAUGAACUCUUUCUUUUUAGUUGUAUUAUUAACUGCAUUUUUAGCAAUUAUGAUAAUGAAAAUUUUAAAGAAUGAUUAUUCAAGAUAUUCAAAAACUGAUGAAGAAGAAGAUUCUGAUUAUCAAGAAGAUUAUGGAUGGAAAUUAGUUCAUGGUGAUGUAUUUAGAUUCCCACCAUAUAAGAAUGUAUUUUCAGCAUUUUAUGGUAUUGGUUGGCAAUUUAUUAGUAUUGUUUGUGGUAUUUUAGCAUUAUCAUUAUUUGGUAUGUUUUAUCCAAACAAUGGUGGUAAUAUGUAUACGGCAGGUAUUGUUUUAUAUGCAUUAACUAGUGGUAUCUCUGGUUAUCAAUCAGCUAAAAUGUACAAGAAUAUGGGAGGUAAUAAAUGGGCAUGGAAUAUUGUGCUAACAGCAACCCUAUUUGUAGCACCAUUAUUUAUUGUGGUUAUUCUUUCAAACACUGUAGCGAUUACAUGGCAUUCAACCGUCGCAUUACCAAUCCUAACAAUGAUUGAAGUCAUUACCAUUUGGUUAUUUGUUGGUUUCCCUUUGACCGUCGUUGGUGGUAUCGCAGGUCGUAGAUUAUCAGAAAACUUUGAAGCACCAUGUCGUACAAAGAAUUUCCCAAGAGAAGUCCCACCAAUUCAAUGGUAUCGUCGUUUACCAUGUCAAAUUUUAAUCGCUGGUUUCUUACCAUUUAGUGCCAUUUACAUAGAGUUGUUUUACAUUUUCAAUAGCGUUUGGGGCCAUUCUACCUACACGCUCUAUGGUAUCCUUUGUUUGGUCUUUUUAAUUCUUAUCAAUGUCACCGUGUGUAUCACCGUUGCCCUAACUUACUUCCAACUCUCAAUGGAAGAUCAUAAAUGGUGGUGGAAUAGUUUCAUCAAUGGCGGCUCCACUGUUGUUUUCAUCUACAUGUACAGUAUCUACUACUACUAUUAUAUCUCUCAUAUGUAUGGUUUACUUCAAGCAACUUUCUACUUUACCUACAUGUUGAUCGUUUGCUUCUUCUUCUUUAUUCUUUUAGGUACAGUUGGUUUCUACAGUUCUUUAAUUUUUGUUAAAAGAAUUUAUAGAAAUUUGAAAUCUGACUAA